GCGACACACGGGAUUAAUGGCUGCAUACAACGUACGGAUCUCCUCUCAUUGUUUACAUUUCGAAACGAUACGUUCCUUCUGUUUUCGAGGCUGUCAUUGAUACAGGGUUAAACAUAAACCAACAACGAAGAUAAAUAUCGCUAAAUUAGUGUGAAAAAAUUUCCGCCCAAGAAGUAUCGAGUCGACAAGCGGCGAAUUACAACUAGCUCUGUGUGCUAACUCGCCCCGCUCAGUCUUUACUCUAUCGCCCGUUGCUCCAGAGAUGGCAAGUUAGUCUCCACGUUUCAGUUGGCAUUCAUCCCCCGCCCGGAUCUCAAGGACAACCUGAUGGCUGAGGAGGUAUAGUGCCAGGGGAGCCUGAAGGCCACACCACAUCUUUACGAGAGGAAUAUCGCAGGGUGCACAAUGUUUAGUGUGCCUCAAAUCUCCAAGUCCGAGUUCCUGGACAAAGCCAGGCAGGCCAGGGAGGAGAGGAAGGGGAUGAAGGACAAGGAGAGAUCAGCCACACUCAUCCAGGCUCUGGUCAGGAGAUUUCUCUGUCGUUGCAGACUCCAGAAGCAAAUAAGGAAAGAGGUUGAUGACCAUUUUCAAGCCUCUGAAACUGGGACGUCAAAAAGAAAUGCACUUUCAAUUUUCAAAAUUGCUCGGAAAUUACUUUUCAUCUAUUGCAAAGAGGAUAAGAUGAGGUUUGAAAAGCUUUGUCGUGCGAUUCUUGCCAGCAUGGAGGUUGAAAAUGAACCUAAGGUCUGGUAUGUGUCCUUGGCUCUAUCCAAAGACCUCACCAUUCCCUGGAUCAAGCAGAUUAAAGAUGUGCUGUGGACCUGCUGUCAGCUACUGAAAAAUUUAAAGCCUGACAUUCUUCAGGACAAUAAAUUGGUGACGCUGUACCUCACCAUGCUGGUGACCUUCACGGACACUUCCACCUGGCGGAUAGUCCGAGGGAAGGGAGAAGCACUCAGACCUGCUUUGAUGAGGAUCUGUGAAAAUAUCAUGGGCCAUCUCAAUCAAAAGGGAUUCUAUUCAACACUGCAGAUAUUGUUGACCAAUGGCUUGGCUCGUUCUAAACCUUCUCUGUCCAAGGGCACUCUAACAGCUAUCUUCACUUUAUCAUUAAGGCCAGUCAUUGCUGCUCACUUCUCAGAUAACCUGCUAAGAUCGUUCCUCAUCCACAUCAUGUCAGUUCCAGCAGUCGUAACCCACCUCAAUGUGCUCACUCCAGAGUGUAUGGUGUCCAUCCAGACACAUGGCCUCCUGCGGAAGUUCAUAUUGUUUCUAAGUCGAGAAGAACAGUGUUCAGACAUCUGUGUGUGUCUCGAGGGGAGCCACACACUCUGCUUACUUGGCAACCUGAUUCAAUUGGGUUACCUUACUGAGAAAGUCCUUGAAGAGGAGGCCGGACACUUUGUGAAGGACCUGACUGACAUGCUGUCCUACUGCCAGAGAUAUGUAUCCCAAAAGAAGUCCAACCUUACCCACUGGCACCCUGUCCUCGGCUGGUUCUCACAAACCGUAGACUACGGUCUAAAUGAGUCAAUGCCGUUGGUGACUAAACAGCUUCAGUACCUGUGGGGUGUCUCAAUCAUUCGAACGCUCUUCAGCGACGUCCUCUCGAAAAAGCUAGAGAGUCAGGAGCCCACCCCCCCACCUCCGCAGCCUAGUACAUCACAAAACAAUCUACCAGUCAAAAACCUCUUCAAGCGAGCAUUUCAGAAGUCUGCCUCUGUGAGAAACAUCCUGAAACCAGUAGGAGGGAAGCGGGUCGACUCGGCUGAAGUUCAGAAGGUGUGCAGCAUCUGUGUGCUUUACCAGACCGCUCUGUCUACGCUGACACAAAUACGUCUCCAGAUACUCACAGGUCUUACACAUCUUGAUGACCUUUUGCCCAAACUAUGGGCCUUCAUCUGUGAGCUCGGUCCUCAGGGAGGCCUCAAACUCUUCAUGGAGUGUCUGAACAAUGACAACGAAGAGUCCAAGCAGCUUCUGUCUAUGCUUAUGCUGUUCUGUGACUGCUCACGCCACCUCAUCACAAUUCUGGAUGACAUUGAAGUCUACGAAGAACAAACGUCUUUCAAGAUAGAGGAACUCAUCACCAUCUCUUCAUUUUUGAACACAUUUGUGUUCAAGAUGGUAUGGGAUGGCAUCUUAGAAAAUGCUAAGGGAGAGAAACUGGAGUUGUUCCACAGUGUUCAUGGCUGGCUGAUGGUGCUUUAUGAACGAGACUGCAGGCGAAAGUUCACACCUGAUGACCACUGGCUCCGCAAGGACCUGAAGCCCAGCUUGUUGUUUCAAGAGCUGGAAAAAGGAAAAAAAAGAGCCCAGCUUUUACUGCAAUACAUCCCACAUGUCAUUCCACAUAAAAACAGGGUGCUGCUGUUCCGGAACAUUGUAACAAAGGAGAAAGAAAGUUUAGGAUUGGUAGAAACGAGCUCCGCUUCACCACAUGUCACCCACAUUACCAUUCGUCGCUCGCGGAUGUUGGAGGAUGGGUAUGACCAGCUCCGUCGGCUACCAGCGAAUUCUAUAAAAGGCGUCAUUCGUGUGAAGUUUGUUAAUGACCUGGGAGUGGACGAGGCCGGUAUUGACCAGGAUGGUGUCUUCAAAGAGUUCCUCGAGGAGAUCAUUAAGAAAGUGUUCAAUCCUGCUCUCAACCUCUUCAAGACUACAAGUGGAAAUGAAAGGCUGUAUCCUUCGCCCACAUCUUAUAUCCAUGAGAACCAUUUACAGCUGUUUGAGUUUGUGGGGAAGAUGCUCGGUAAAGCUGUCUACGAGGGCAUUGUUGUGGAUGUCCCGUUCGCAUCCUUCUUCCUCAGUCAAGUCUUGGGUCACCAUCACAGCACUUUCUACAGCUCCAUUGACGAGCUUCCUUCACUUGACUCUGAGUUUUACAAGAACCUCACUUCCAUCAAGCGCUAUGAUGGAGAUGUGGGGGAUUUGGGACUGUCGUUAUCCUAUGAUGAGGACGUCAUGGGGCAGCUUGUCUGUCAUGAGUUGAUACCUGGGGGGAAAACAAUGCCAGUCACCAAUGAAAACAAGAUCAGCUACAUCCACCUCAUGGCUCACUUCCGGAUGCACACACAGAUUAAAGAGCAAACUGCAGGUUUCAUCCGGGGCUUCCGCAGCAUCAUCAACCCCGAGUGGCUUCACAUGUUUUCCACGCCCGAGGUUCAGCGCCUUGUCUCUGGAGACAACGCUGAGAUUGAUCUAGAUGACCUCAAGAAACACACAGUCUACUACGGAGGAUUUCAUAGCAGCCAUCGUGUCAUUAUCUGGCUGUGGGACAUCCUGUCCAGUGACUUUACUGCUGAAGAGAGGGCUAUGUUCCUUAAAUUUGUUACCAGCUGUUCCAGGCCACCUCUUCUAGGGUUUGCCUACCUCAAACCACCCUUCUCCAUCCGUUGUGUGGAAGUUUCAGAUGAUCAGGACACUGGUGACACCCUUGGCAGUGUUCUGAGGGGCUUUUUCACUAUUCGCAAGAAGGAACCUGGUGGUCGACUUCCCACUUCUUCAACGUGCUUCAACCUGCUCAAGCUGCCCAACUACAGCAAGAAGAGCAUCCUGCGAGACAAGCUGCGCUAUGCCAUCAGUAUGAACACAGGCUUUGAGCUGUCCUAACUUAGGUUGCAAUCGGGACAAUCUGCACAGGAGGCUUGUAUUAAACCAAGUAAGAGGCUCUGCUUACCUGGAUUGGAGCCUGUCACAUUAAAGGGACAUAACCUACACAAAGGGGAAUCAUGAAGGACCCACCGUGUUUCCUUUUGUCUCUCUCAAACUGGAUGAGCUCAGCUCUACUCCUGCUCUCUCCCUCAAAUCAAAGGAGAUGACGCAACACAAUCCAAUUUUGAGCAUCCCCCUCUGCCACUCCAAAAAUUCAAUUUGUUGUGUGUUAAACGUGAUGAAAUCCGGAUAUACAGUGGCUAGAUCUCUGUUUCUCAGGCUUAACAGAAUCAUUCUCGGAUCUAACACUCCCAUUUUAAGUGAACUGGAAAGCAAUACAGAUGCAAUGCAAGCCAUUAAACACAUGGUUGGCUCCCUUGAGUGAAACCAAGCGAUGUAUUGUUAAUAUACUUACAUGUCUGGACUCCAUUAUCCAAGCAACUUUUAGCUGAUAUAGGAUGAGUCUUAAAAUGUUUUCUGUAACCUAAUGCAUCUUUUGUCAAUGGAAGACAAAUCAAUGUCGUGUGUUCAACCUCCACGAAGGAGGAGUGGCUCUCCACAGUAAUCCUGUGUUGAUUACAUUAUGUACCCUUUCCAAGAAAAUCUCUGCCAUUCCAUUUCUCCGCAUCUAAAGACACUGCAGUCAACUGAGAGAAAUGUUCUCCUUAUGAAAUGUUCUCUGUGGAGCGAACAUCUGCCUCAGUUGUGGUGAAUCAGCAAAGGAUCCUUUGACACGGGAAAGAAAAAAAAAAUCUGAUCACCUGCUGCUGUUUGAUUUCAAGAAAGAGGUUCUGGAACUGGAAAUGUUUUGCGACUGUUCGUCUCUGGCCAGCUGUGCAGAGGCAGCUGUUAAAUGUCACCUGUCUUCUUCUCUUAACCCCCCCCCCCCCAAAGAAAAAAGAAAAAAAGAGAAGAGUUAAGUCAUACUCUUUGUAUGUAAAAUGAAGAUUCGUCACUACACCUUUCAAUGCUGAGUGCCUCAUGAAUUGCCACCCCCCCUCGCCGUCAUUGUCUUGACUGUUUUCCAGCUGUAACCAAUAACCACGUAUAUUGGAAACAAGCCAUAGAAAAGGGGGCUAUGUACAUGGACUUAUUCUCUGCUCCUAUUGACACAACGCAGCAACCCAACCACUGUACUACCACUACUACUACAACAACAACAUCAACCGAGGAGGGUUUUAUAUGAUGCCCUCCUAUCUCUGUGGACUUUGUAAGCCAUGCUGAAAGGAAUUUUGAGGUAUAAAAACCUCUCAACAUGAUGUCAUGGGCUGAUUCAUCAACCAAAUGUGACUGCUUGAUUUGAUGUUCCCUUUAGAUGGAAAUCUUGCGCACAUUUCUGUUGUUUGUAGUUGUAGGGAAAAGGGACAAGAGGGUGAAUGUUACCUUUAUAAGCCUAAAUAUCACUUAACACAGGGUUCAAUUCCUUCAUAAAGCUAAGGAGAGAGUUUUUAGUAAUUUAACUGGAAGACGACGGCAACUUCCAGACAAAACGUUUAAAGAAAAUAUCACAAUGUUCCCAAGAUCUUAAUUAUGCAAAUAACGUUUUCUGUCAUGAAUGAACAUAAAUAUUUCUGUCAAUAAUUAACUCAAGCUAAAGAACAUUCAACAAGUUUAACUAAUAUUAGGGCCACUAACAAAAGAAUGUUAUAAAAAAUAUUAAAAUUACAAUGCAACCAUUACCUAUAAAAAUAGUGGUUGAAUUGGAUUUUCUUACAGUCUGCUAUUGAGAUAUACUAGCUAUUCUCAGUCAAGAGAAACUCCUAAUUUUAAUCUGUUCCAGCAAAUAAGUGGAAACAGAGAAUGGGUUUACAGCACACACACAGAACUGAGUGUGUGUUGGUGCGCAGGACAGAUGGAAGAUACCUCACAAGCUUGUGUGUCAUGUCCGAUGAGGUCACUCAUCUGUUUUAAAUGAUGUCAAGAGUAGGCUGUGCUUGAAAUGUACCAGUGUGGACUGCUGAAGCAGAUUUUGGUUAUCCAACACUUUUAGUAAAAAAAUUAAUAAAUAAAUAAAUGAUCUUGAAAAUGUU